AUGGACCUGAUCCAGGUCUGGGGUGAUAUAGCACUGAUGAAGUCAACUGCCUUCGUCCUCUGCAUCAACAUGGUACGCACGAUUAAGAUCACCAAUCUUCUAAGACGGAAGCAGCGCAUUGGGAAGCUUGUACGAAGCAACAAUAAAGUUUUGCAGCAAGCUACUGGUGUUGAGGAAAGGAAACUACUUCAAAAGUUGUAUUUGAAAAGCAAUUCCCUAAAAGUGGAAGGAGGAGAAAGGAUCCCAGAGCUAGGAUCCUUUCGGCUCUACCACUGGUUUUCAGAGCUUUGGCAUCAGUCGAUAGUCUGA